AUGGGGGGUAAUCCAGAUGUGGAGGUGAUUGUGGAUCAGUUACCGAAACCGAGAAGGAAGCUUACAUCCAAAACCCCGCUGGAGGAAAUCGAGUUGAGGGCUGUGAAGCGUGUCCCAAUGGACGUUCAGGAGCUGGCUACUACGGCGGCUCAAGAAGUACUAGACGACUGGGAUGGGGCAAAGGCAGCUCACAUUGUCAAUGUGUUGGCAACAGCUGGUUUCUUUGAAGAGCGGAAGUUUGGUGUGUUUCGACAUGGUGGAACGGUCGGAUGGCUAUGUGGCAUUAUGGAAUAUCCUACAGUAGCACGGUUGUUGGUGCAGUUGAUUUUGGAGUCGGCACCGGAAGCAGUAUUUACUUCAAUCUAUGUGUCGCAUAAUGCAGCCCGAUCUAUGCACAAGGACGACAACAAUGAUCCUCAUACCCUCAACUAUGUUCUACCAGUACGUUGCCCAGAGCAAGGUGGAGAGUUGUGGGUGGAGCUACAAUCAGGAGAUGUUCUACAUGGACAAAUAGAGAGGCGGGAUACCUCCAAGGGUCCAAUAUAUGGGCAGAUGUAUCCGCUGCGCGAAGGGGAGAGUUUCUCGUUUGGACCUCGACGUUUCCAUGAAGUUGCUGAGUGGAAAGGAGAUCGGACAGUGGUGAUUGCUUACACUCCUGACUGCCUUGGGAAGCUGAACCAGCAGGACUUGGAAGGUCUCCACAGUCAUGGGUUCCCGAUUCCUCUUUCUCAGUUACCAGAAUUCCAUGGAGGCAAUUCCCCGAAGGAGGAGAAUCCACAACUCCAAGCACUGGACGCAAGGGCCUCGGAUGAGGAGGAGCCUGAUGCGCCUCAGUGGGAGAUGUAUUUGGACCUGGAGCCAGGAAUGGUUAAGGUUACAGAUGCCCAUCAAGGAGAAGUUCACGAACCCAUGGUUAGCAAAGCAGAGGUGAGCUUUACAAGGGGCAUUGAAGAGAUCUUAAGUGGUCUCACUGGUCCGCUAGACGUCACCUACAAUGUGAGUCCAGAAGAGGUGAUGAAAGACCUGGAGAAAUGGCGCCCAGCGAUCCUAAAAGAGGUUAAGGGGAUUGAGGAGGCGAUCACUAAACUUCAUCAAGGAACGGUGCUACGUCAACAGUGGGUAUCCACUCCAGGUGUACAGCGAUUGCCGACAAAGUUUGUGUUCACAGUCAAACCCAAUGACAAGGCAGACCUCUCAGAUGCCAGUACAUGGUAUAAAAGAAAGGCGAGGUUGGUGAUAUGUGGAAACCUGGCGACAAAUGAUGGGUCGCAGGUUUACGCUGAAACAGCACCGGCCGAGGCGGUCCGAAUGGCUCUAACGCUCUCGAGUCGCGACAGCUGGUGUGUUGCCAUUCUUGAUGUGGUUGCUGCGUUCCUUCGCACCCCACUUGGAAGGUCACCUCGCGACCCUAUAGUUUAUUGCCCAACCACCACGGCUACUUGA